AUUUGUGUCAAAUCUAAAUAAGAGAAAAAAAAAAAAAGAUAGAUAGAGAAGAUAUGAGAAGAGGGAGAAGUUCGUCUUCUUCUUCAAUAGAUAGUAGCAGCAAGAGCAACCCAUUCGGUGGCUCGUCAAGUACUCGAAACCUAAGCACGGACCUGAGGCUGGGACUCAGCUUCGGGACGUCCUUAAGCACGCAAUAUUUCAACGGUGGUUACGAGUAUUCCUUUAAUGCUGCUCCAGCGCCGGCAGAGGAAGCGGAGUAUGCGGUAGCAGUGGCGGACGAGGAGGAAGAAGUGAACGAGUGUAACAGCGUAGGGAGCUUCUACGUGAAGGUGAACAUGGAGGGAGUUCCUAUUGGAAGAAAGAUCGAUCUAAUGUCUCUUAGUGGCUACCAUGACUUGAUCAGAACCCUGGAUUUCAUGUUCGACGCAUCUAUUCUCUGGGCUGAAGAAGAAGAGAUGUGCAGCGAGAAGAGUCAUGUGCUAACGUACGCGGACAAGGAAGGUGACUGGAUGAUGGUUGGGGAUGUUCCUUGGGAGAUGUUUUUGUCUACUGUGACAAGACUGAAGAUUUCAAGAGCUUACCACUACUGAGGGAGUAACUAUUAGUCUGUCUACGUGUGUUUAGUUGAAAGUUAUGCCAAGAAAAAUAGUUUUUUGUAUUACGUAAAUCACCCGUCGUAUAUGUAUUAAAUUAUUUCGUUUCUCUUUCUUUUAUGAUCAUAGCACAUACAAAAUUCUGAACUAAAAGAACAAUUAUUGGAUUUGGAGAAACAAAUUAAAUCUUGGUUCGAGUUUGUUUCAGUGAAUCUAACCAAAUAUUGGAUGAAUCAGACCGUUGGUUACCUGAUCUCAAUUUGUUGGGAACUAAAUGGACUUUCUCAAUUUCUGAA